AUGCCUAGCGAUCUCGACCACGACGACAACCACCUCCUCGACACCUCCCUCCACGACCCCGAAAAGUGGCAUGUUGACAAUCGCAACUCGUGUCGGUUCCCAAGUCUUCUCCGGAAGCCCAUCAUCGCCAUCAUGACCGCCUUAACGAUCCCCUCCUCAACGGCCUCGAGUCUCGUCAAUCGCCUGACACACCUCUUCGCCAUGCCCAGCUUCGACACUCCCGAAAAGCUGCGACCAACGGCCUACCUCGACGGCCUUCGCGGGUUCGCCGCCUUCCUCGUCUACUGGCACCACCACGAACUCUGGUCGCACGGCCUGAUGCGCGACGCCAUCUUCGAGCGAGGCUACGGUUUCGACGGCCAGCACUACUUCAGCGCCCUGCCCUUCGUGCGCAACUUCUUCGGCGGCGGCCACUACGCCGUGGCGACCUUCUUCGUCAUCUCGGGCUACGUCCUCUCCGUCAAGCCCAUGCGCCUGAUCCACGCCGGCGAGCAAGAGAAGUUGGCCGAUAACCUGGCCUCGGCCCUGUUCCGGCGAUGGCUAAGGCUGUUCAUGCCGCUGAUCGCGACCACGUUCUUGUUCAUGACCUCGUGGCAUGCGUUUGGCAUCUGGGUCGACUCGGCAAAACCGCAGAGCAACUACCGCGAUGAGUUCUGGUGGUGGUACGCCGAGGUCAAGAAUUUCAGCUUCAUUUACCAUCUGGGAGGAGAGCCAUGGUUGAGCUAUAACUUUCACCUGUGGUCCAUCCCGGUGGAGUUUAAGGGAUCUAUGGUUAUUUACACCAGUUUGCUCGCCUUUUCGCGGUGCACGAGAAAGGCCAGACUGUGGUGCCAGGUGUUCCUGAUAUUCUACUUUGUUUACAUCGUUGACGGGACACACUACGCUUUGUUCAGCGCCGGCAUGCUUCUCAACGACCUCGACCUAUUGGCUAUGAAGGACGAGCUACCGAACUGGCUCGCUCAGCUCGAGCCCUUCAGCAAACACAUCUUCUACUCCCUCUUCGUUGUCAGCUUCUACCUCGGAGGCGUACCAGUUCACACCAAGGACAUCAACGACCUGGCCAAGACACCCGGGUGGUACUUCCUCUCGUUCCUCAAGCCGCAGGCCGUCUAUGACUACAAGUGGUUCUACCUCUUCUGGGCCGGUGUCUUCUUGGUGGUUUCGGUUCCUCGCAUCCCCUGGCUCAAGCGCUUCUUUGAGACACGUUUCUGCCAGUACCUGGGUCGCAUCUCCUUCGCGCUUUAUCUGGUCCACGGUCCUAUCCUCUGGACCAUUGGCGACAGAAUCUACACGGCUGUGGGAUGGGGAAGGGAGCCUCAAAUUACCAUGUUGGCGAACUGGGUGAACAAGUUCCCUUUGCCCAUGGCUGGACCGUUCGGUCUUGAGAUUGCCUUCUUACUGCCACAUAUUGUGCUGUUGCCAUUGACGUUGUACGUGGCUGAGAUCUCCACGAGGCUGUUUGAUGAGCCUAGCGUUACGUUUCCCAAUUGGCUUUACAAGAAGGUGUUGGGAGGUGGACAGCCUGGUGGUACUAGGUUACCUUGA